UUGUAUUGCAUUUGGUUUUGUUUUUUGGUUUUUUGUUUAUGUUUUUUUUCUUUAAUGUUUAUUUACUUUUGAGAGAGAGUGUGAGCAGGGGAGGGUCAGACAGAGGGAGACACAGACCGCAAAGAGGGCUCCAGGCUCCGAUCUGUCAGCACAGAGCCUGAUGUGGGGCCUGAACCCACGAACUGCAAGACCGUGACCUGAGCCGAAGUUGGACGCUUAACUGACUGAGCCACCCAGAUGCUCCUGCAUUUGGUUUUUACGUAUCUUUUAAUUUAGAACAGUGUUCCCUAUUUGUUUUCUUGUCGUGAAGCACUAAGGAAACCAGGUUAUCUGUCCUGCAAGAUGUAGUCCUGACUGCUUCUUUGUGGUGUUAACUUGUUCCUCAGUCUCCUAUAUUUCUUCGACAGUGGGAGUUAGAGCUAAAGCUUGAUUAGAUGUAGAUGAAACCUUUGUGUUAAGGCCUCUUCCCAGGUACUGCUCUGUGCUUCACAUUCCGUCAGGAUGCACAGAAUGUCUAGUUGUCCCAUUAGUUGUGCCUAAGAGUGGUCAGUGGGUCCAAAUAGGAAGUCAUCUGAGGGCUGGCUGGUCACUGACAUGUGCAAAUGAAAGUUCUCUGUUGAUCAUUGCCCUGCCACCUAGUGACAUAAGUCUCCAUUAAUGAUGCUCGCUUGAAUGAAUUGUUCUAUGGGGGACUGCAAAAUGGCGGUGUUUUUAUUCUGUCAUUUAUUCAUCAUAGCUAGAAUUUAUGCAACGACUAAUUUCCCCCCAUCAGCUAGGGCUGUUUGACUACCCCACAAUUCAAUUCUUACUGGAAAAGGUAGGAUAAGAGCUUACUUAUUUCCUUCCAUUUAAUUGUCAAUUUUGAAGUAAGGAGUUGAUGUUGUAGCUACUUUCAGUGUUGGCAAGAGUUUUUUUUUUUUUUAACGUUUUAUUUCGUUUUGAGAGACAGAGACAGAGCGUGAGUGGGGGAGGAACAGAGAGAGAGGGAGACACAGAAUCUGAAGCAGACUCCAGGCUCUGAGCUGUUAGCACAAAGCCCGACACGGGGCUUGAACCUAUGGACCAGAUCAUGACCUGAGCCGAAGAUGGAUGCUUAAUCGACUGAAUCACCCAGGCACCUCAACAAGAGGGUUUUUAUUAGCACAGGUGUGCAUUGGGAUCAUUGUGAUACUGAUCAUACACAACUAUUGGUUCCUCUAUGUCCCUUAUAUGACAUGGCUUUACUUUGACUGGCGUACCCCAGAGCAGGGGGGCAGGAGAUCCAACUGGGUCAGAAGCUGGACCGUGUGGAGGUAUUUUAAGGACUAUUUUCCAAUUCAUCUCAUCAAAACUUGGGAUUUGGAUCCAAGUCACAACUACAUAUUUGGGUUUCAUCCCCAUGGAGUGCUCGUUGCUGGAGCGUUUGGAAAUUUUUGUACGAAUUAUUCGGACUUCGAACAGCUGUUUCCUGGAUUCACUGCGUAUCUCCACGUGCUCCCAUUUUGGUUCCGGUGUCCUCUCUUUCGAGAAUAUCUGAUGAGUAGUGGGCCAGUCUCAGUUUCUAAGAAGAGUGUGUCCCAUGUGCUGAGCAAGGAGGGAGGCGGAAACAUUUCAGUCAUAGUUCUUGGGGGCGCGGAAGAAUCGCUGGAUGCCCAUCCUGGAAAAUUCACUCUGUUCAUCCGCCAGCGGAAAGGAUUUGUUAAAAUUGCUUUGACCCAUGGUGCCUCCUUGGUCCCAGUGUUUUCUUUUGGAGAAAAUGAGCUGUUUAAACAAGUUAACAACCCUGAAGGCUCAUGGCUUCGAACCGUGCAAGAGAGGCUACAGAAGAUCAUGGGGUUUGCUUUGCCUCUUUUCCAUGCCAGAGGGAUUUUUCAAUACAAUUUUGGCCUGAUGCCAUACAGGAAACCGAUCCACACUGUUGUUGGCCGUCCAAUCCCCGUUCAUCAGACUCUGCACCCAACCACGGAACAGAUUGAGGAGUUACAUCACACCUAUAUGGAGGAGCUAAAGAAAUUAUUUGAGGCGCACAAGAGGAAGUAUGGUAUUCCAGAGCACGAAACUCUCAUUUUUAAAUAACUGUACGCUUACAAGGCACACCAGAGGAUGCGAGAACAUCCCAUUGGAGAAUACAUAUUUUAAAUAAGGAUUUUCUUCUUUGACUAUGGAGUCCAAUGUGCAACUGGAAAAUAUUAUUUAUGGUGACAGAUGUUGGUGCGUGUCCAUGGGCGAUAAAAAUACAGCAGGUGACUACAGGAGAAGGGUGGAGAAGACUAUAACCCUUCUAAUCAUCCUCCUCGUUUAGGAAGGGCCAGUCAUUUUGCAGGUGAAGAAAAGGUUUAGAAUUAUUCAUGUGCUCAAGAAAAAAAUAUGACACCUUCAAAAAAUAAUUAGACCCUUUUACUAAACAUCACAAUAAUUUAAGGUAGUGUUUUCACUAAGUAUGACAGCUGUUGUUUACCACAGCUGGAGCAGUUACGAGACCAUGUGUGAAAUAAUUUUCCAUACAGAGCUAGAGGAGAUCUUUUUUUUUUUUUUUCUGCUUGAACAGACCAUUUUUGGGUGAAUAAUGUUACUUUUCAGGCUUAGAUAAUUUGAUCCCUUUAGGUCAUGUCAACCAACACAUUCUUAUACAAUAGUGCAGAAUUUUUAUGCGGUCUUUGAAAUAGGAUGAAUCUACCAUCUGGAAAAACCCAUGUGGGUGAGAGCGUGUCUCUUCAUUUCUAUUCAUGCUUGGAAACAUUCAUGCUUGUCGUUUGCUUCGAAGCAUGUUCAUUUGCUGUGGACAAGGAGGUCUUUUGGGACACAUGCUUUAUAGAACAUUGAAAUCCCGAAAGGUUUUCACGGUCGUAGAAAUGAUUUGAAUUUUCUUUCCAAAUAGCCUCUUUGAGGAAGACCAGCUAUGAAAGAAAGCGCCCUCUCUGGUUGUCGUGUGUCCAGUUACAACUGUCUGGUCCAGAAGAGAGGCAACCCUGUGCCCCCUGUUCACUGAUACCUCCCUAGUGCCUGGGCCGGGCACAAAAUAAGUACUUGUUUAGUGAAUAUAUUUACGGAUGAGCCCACCAAGGUGAAGAGUUUUUAAAGCUGUACCAUAGGAUGAACCUAUUUUAAGAAAAGACCCAGUUUCAGAAGGAGAGAAUGUGCGGGGUCUGAUUGUCUCAUGCCAGUAACGGACGAGACCGCAGGCUAGUUUAUAAGAUGCAAGUGAAAAGGAGGUUUCUGAUCAUUAGGCACUAAAAGUUAAGUAAAGUAUUCGGUAAAUAAAUGAGAAGAAUGUCUAGUUUCCAAAUGAUGUCCGUUGCUAUAUGUUGCUUCUUUACCCCUUGUGCUCUGGGUAUUUGGGGGCAACUUCUCGGAGUUGUUCUAACUUACUAGUAAUAUAUCUUCAGGCCUCUAAUUUUUAAAACAUGAAGCCUGGGCUGGAGCCUGGACUGAGUUCAGCAUCAGCCAAACAAAAUCAUGCUGGGUAAUGUCUUGACUAGGAAAGCAUUUCACACAGGAAAAAAUGAACAUGCCUCUGGCUUCAUACUGGUUGAACAAUCCAGGAGUCCACUGACCCAUGGCCUUGAAAUUAGAUCAAUUUUUUGUCAAAAGAGGGAAUAGGGCACAACCUAUUUUUAACAGAUGCACAAAACUCGACUAUAAAUCCUUUUUGGUAUUACUCAACACCAACGAAGUAUAAAAGGAGCACCAUUUACAGAAAAUGACACCCCAGCUGGUCAUGGGUCGGUCUUUCAGAAUGCCACAAUGACUAGAGACCUUUAUUAUAAAGUCUGUGAAUUUCAUCCCUUUAGAGAAGUUCAUUAAAGUCUCUGUGAUUUCACAAAA